AUGUCUAAAAUUGACGAACAGUAAAUCAUCAAAAAUACUAAAAGUAUGUAGAAAAUGCAGGAAAUUGCAGAUCGCAUCUAUGCUACUACUGGUGAUUUGACUAAAACAAUUAGUUCUGAUAGUAUAUUGAAACCGUCUAAAUUGACAUAAGAAUAAUUAUUAUUAUAAUCAAAGAAGAUUGAUAAUAUCUAGGAUAGUAAGUAGAAGAAGGGUAAAGGGUAAUAAUCAACUUCAGCCAAUAAAAAUGAGUUAAAUUCAAUAGAAUGGGUCAAUAAAUUAUAAGAAAUACAAUAAUAACACAAUGAAGACAAGAAAAAACUGAGAGAAGAACUCAUUGCUAGAUAUGUGUAAAGGGAAAUGGAAUUUAAGAAAACAAUUGAUGAAUUACAAUAAGAAUUGAGAUCCAGAACUGCCUUGGAUUAGACUGAUAAGAAAGUUAUGGAGAUGAUUUAUAAAGAUCAUAGCAAAAUUAUAGAUGGCAUCAAUAAUAUUUAGUUGAGGACUUCUAAAAUCCUAGUCGAUUAAGAAAGAGAUAUCAUUAGAUUUUUUAAUAAUAAAAUUAAUGAAAUAAAGAAACAAUUUUAAGAGGAAAGAGAGAAGAAGGGUUAGAAUGAUAAAGAGUAUAUCUAAAAGGAGAAUCAAUUGAUAAGCGAAUUAGAAUGGAUUAAGAAGAUUGCGUAAAAAAUCGAUGACGAAAAUCAUUAAUUGAUGUAAAAGUAUAAGGAACUGAAGGUUGAGUAUUAAACUUAGGAAAGAGAUAGAGAAAUGUUAAUGAAGGAGUUGAUAAUCAAAAAAAAGGAAAAUGCCAUACUCAAAUCAUAAAUAUAAUAAUAUGAAAAGUUAUUGAAUGAUGUUUAAAAAGAGGAUGAUUAGGAGUCCAAUUAGGAUUAAAUCUUAGAUAAAUCUGGGGUUAAAAAUCAAAAAACUGAGAAAUCUAAAUAAUCGUCAUCCUAAUAGCAAGUGCGAUUUCCACAAAUAACAAAUUCGUAAGUUUCACAAAGCGUUGAUGAAGUAUAAAAAGCAAAAUAUUAGAAUAUAAUUAAGACCUAUUAGGACACAUAGAAAAAAGAACAAAAGAGACUAAGAGAAAUCAAAUAACUUUACAUUAAAGAGUUAUCUGCUAAAACAGAACUAUACAACAUUUUAAGAUAGUGUAUUGAAGAUAUUAAGGAAGAGAUAAUUUAAGUGAGAAGUGACGAGAGGACUUUGAAAAAGAAUAAGAAUUAAAGUAAUGAGGAAGUAAAGAUGGAGAAGGAGGAUAGGGAAAAAUUGAUUGAAAACUUACUAAAACACGAAAGGGUCAUCCAAGUUAUAAGUGAUAAGAUAUUUUACGAUAAGAAGAACUAUGAUGAAACAAUGAUGCAAUAACAGUAUGAAGAAACAAAUUACAAUGAUGAAUAAUAUUGA